UUUCAUAAGCUAUUCAAGAAUUCCCACGUGUUGCAUUCGGAGUUGGAUCAUCCAUACCUUUAGCUCUCAGCCUCGUUCACGAUCACUCAGACUCCCACUCUUACAUAUCCCAGCACUCCCUGGGAGGACGCGUGCCGCUCUAUCCCACCAUCCUCCCUCGUUCCUCGCUCCACAAGCCAGCGUCGUGCUCGGAGGUCAUUCUCCUGACAGGACCAUCUGGCCGGGGUAGGGAGUUCACAUCAGGGGAGAUCAGCGCGAACCGGGGGGGUUAAAUUUAGCAGGGGGGCUGAUUUCUGCAUGUCAGGUCCCGUUCUGUCCUUCCCCCAUCCCCCCCAGCAGCAUUCAUGCCUUCCUCCACCGCGUCGUUCUGUCCUUUACAGCCCUCUGUGACAGCCCGGCGCUCACUGGCCCCCCUCUCUCAUCCGACUGAGGCACAUUCCCGCUCCACGGCGGAGCAGCAGGAGGCCGGCGAGAAACACAAGCUUGCUCUCCGCACCCGGAAGGCCGAACGGAAGACCGGCAGCUCGGGCCGGAGGUCGCGCUACCGGACAGCGGCUCCUCUCUGCCGGCAGGACGCGGCACGGCAGCGGACGACCGAAGCUCAGAGGUAAACAAACAUGCGUUCCUGCAGCAACAGUUUGGAGAAGACCUCCAAGACCAACCUGUCCCACCACAGAACACGCUCAAAUCGGCAAAACUCAGAGUAUGAGGACCCCCCGAGUCGUGGGAUGGGGCGAGUAAGGUGCAAGGAACCGCCCGAAGAUACCGGCACUGUCCAAAGAAACCACAAAGGAGAGGACCGUGAACGGAGUGACGAGAAAAGGGGUCCCAGCUCAGGGAAGGGCAGGGACCUGUCCCGGGAUGACCUCCUGUUUCUCUUGAGCAUCUUGGAGGGAGAACUGCAGGCCAGAGAUGAGGUUAUCACUGUGCUGAAGGCCGAGAAGAUCGACCUCGCUUUACUUGAAGCCCAUUACGGAUUUGUCACCCCACAAAAGGUUCUUCAGGCCCUUCAGAGAGAUGCCAUUCAAGGAAAGCGCAAUGAGUGGCAGGAGGACAUCUAUGAGAAACCUAUGGCAGAGCUGGACAAGCUGGUGGAAAAGCAGAGGGAGACACAUCGGAGGAUGCUAGAGCAACUUCUCCUUGCAGAGCAGUCGCACAAACAAGCACUCCACAAGCUGGAGGAUGAGAAGAGGAAGCACAGCGAGUUCAUGCAAAAGAGUGACGAGUUCACCAACCUGCUGGAGCAGGAGCGGGAAAGGUCAGUCACCCCGAUACACGUCUAUAUGCGAACGUACGGAACAAAACCCCAUUAACCUGGACAGUAACGGUGUGUUGUUACGGAGAAACCAAAACAAACAGUACUGAAACUCAGUAAUGCAGUACAGUCAAUCAAAUGGUCUGUCCCAUGGUCAGCGUGAACGCUUUGAUAUGCGAGAACCUGUUCUGUAAUGCUUCUAACACGUUUGCCAGAUGCCCAAGCUAGAGAAUAUGUACACUAUAAAAGAUGCUCAGCUAGGAUUGUAUAUCUGUCUUACUGGCUUUUUCGUACACACAAAAGUUUUACCCAGGCUUCAGUGACAAUGCCACGUUUACGGUUAGACUCAGCUUCUCCCGGGUUCCAAUACAACCCACUAUGUGGUUGUGCUGACAGCGUACCAGCGAAAGAUCUUUGGGAAACUCCACUCAUUAAAUGUAUAAGGAUGUGCUUUGCCUACCAAAUGUUUGGAUUUUGUGUUGGGCACCUACACUAAAGACAAGCAUUGGUAUAUCAAAUACACGAAAAAAUGGAAAGGGAUGUUAUGAAAGUCAAAAUCACAAA